UCCUAGUUUUACAGAAGAUUAGGUCCCAUAGUUUUCUCCCUAUUACAUUUAGGUAAUUGCUAUACAGUCAUGUGCUGCAUAGCGUCCGUUCUGGCAACGUCUGACCGCAUAUAUGUCGGUGGUCCCAUACCAGAGUAAACAGAGGUAAUCAAACAUGUAAAAGCCUGAGAAGUCAGAAUGCUAGGUGGAGAUUCAUGGGUUGUUUUUUUUUUUUUUCUUCAGAUAUAUGCACUUUCAAAUGCUGCUGUGAAAGGUCAAACAAUAUGAAAAAAAUUGGUUACAUAUAGUGUCCAUGUGUAUCUUGGUAUCUGCUGUUUUCUAGUCUCUCCUUUAUAGUGUAGAUUACCCCUCUUAAGAUGAGAGUAGUUGGGAUUUAGAGUAUAGGUGAAGAAACUGGCCUAAGGCAGAAGGAAUUGCAUCUAUUUCACUGUAACUAAGGCACUCUGGUGGUGCAGUGGUUAAAGCACUUGGCUGCCAACCCAUGAUUCGGACCCACCAGCUGCUCCUUGGGAGAAAGAUGGGACGGUCUGCUUCCAUAAAAGAUUUACAGCCUUGGAAACCUUAUGGGGCAGUUUUCUGUCCUGUAGGGUCGCUAGGAGUCAGAAUCUACUUCACGGCAGUGGAUUUGUUUGUUUGUUUUGGUUCACUGUAACUAGAGGAAAUUUAUGCAGUUAUUGGUUUCAUGGCUUCUGUUUACUGUGAGAAGUGGAAGAGAGUUGAAAAUGGGGCAUUUGAGGAGAGUGAGGUUUGAAAUUUCCAUUGAGAAAUUUGUAGCAGCAAGAGGCAAAAGAGAAGUAUUGAUUUGGAAGUGAAACACAAGGUUAUUAAACAAUAGAAAAGUGGAAGCUCAGUGAAUGCUGUUGAUUCACUGAUUUAGGCAUGUUUGCACAGUGUCCAGAUCACUAAACAUCCUACUUCACGGAAGGUAUUGUAUACGUUUAAUGACACAUGACUGUGUCAGUAUUCAUUGAUCUGUAACAUUGGUUCUCAAAGUGUAGUCCUGGACCCUUGGGGGUUCCUGAGACCCUUUCAAGUGAGUCUGUGAGGUCAACACUAUUUUCAUAAUAUUAUUAGAUGUUAGUUACUUUUUUAUAGUGCAAAAGCAGCAGUGGGUGAAACUGCUGAUGCUUUAGCAUUAAUCAAGGCACGGCUGCAAACUGAACUCUAGUAGUCCUUGUAUUCUUAACAAUUUUGCACUCAGAGUGAAAAAAAAAGUCAGUUUCACUUUAUGUCCUUGAUGAAGCAUUAAAAAUUAUUACUUUUUUUAAAGCUCAAUCUUUGAGUACAAAUUUUUCAGUAUUUUGUGUGACAAAAAGGGAAGUAUGCACACAACACUUCCGCUGUACACCCAGGUACUAUGGUUGUCAUGAGGAAAAACUUCCGUGCGAUUGAGUUGUGAACUGAAUUAGCUGCUUUUUUCUAUGGAGACACCAUUUUUACUUGAAAGAAAGACUAACCAACCAUGGUUAUUCAGAACAUGGGUAUUUGGCAGACAUUUUCUUAAAAAUGAACAAAGUGAGCCUAUUACUUCAAGGAAAAUAACAGGUAGUAUUUAUUUGUUGCCAGUAAUAAAAGUCAAGCUUUCAAGUGAAAAUUAGACUUUUGGAAAACUUGUAUUCACCAUUGUGAGCCUGACAGCCUCCCAGUAUUUAAAAACAUUCUUACGAGUUAUGUAAUGAUCUUAACAAAUGUAAUUUUUUAACAUUGUAUCAUCAGAUGUGUACAUAUAUGGAAGAUAUGCACGACUGAAAGAACCAUGCAUAUCAAAGAAUCAUGCAUAGCUAAGAGAUUCAAAGUGAAAGACAGAUCAGUGACUUUAAAUGUAAAAGAGUACGAAAAAGUCAUUGACACAGUUUCAGGUUCCACAUUGCACCUAACCUUUAAGAAUCUACCACUUGUAAGUUUUGAUAUAUCAAAGAAUAAUAUCACAAUUAUCUGAAAAGGCUGUUAAAAUACUUCUCCCUUUUCUAACUGCAUAUCUGUAUGAGGCUCGAUUUUGUUUUUCAUAACAUUUCAACCAGAAUAGCAUACGUAACAGUUUGAAUGCAGAAGUCGCUAUAAGAAUCCAGUUGCCUUUCAUUAAGCCAGAUAUUAAAGAGAUUUGCAACAAUGUAAAACAAUACUAGUUUCUCAUUAAUUUUUUUAUUUUGGAAAUUAUAGUUAUUUUUCGUAUGUUAAUUUUUAAUAGGUAAUGAGUUUUUGGGUAUUUUUAAAUGAAUAAAUAUUUUAUAAAUUUGUCAUUUUAAUUUUGGAUACAAUAAGUGUCAUUAAAUAUAACUCACAUAAGCAAAAACUCUUUGGGAUCUUCAAUUUUUAAGAGUGAAAGGGGUUUCAAAAUACCACUGAUUAUAGGUUACAGUGGAUUGAAAUAAGCUCCUGAGGAAUACUUUAGUUUCUGAUUUAUUUAAAAAUCUUAAGAAGAAACAACACAGAAGAAAAGACAAAUAAUUUACUUUUAUUUGUAUUAUACUGAUAGUUACAUUUAAAAGAUGCUUAAUAUGUGCCCGGCUCUAUGCUGAACGCAGGGCCUAUGUUAUUUCCUCUAAGCUUUCUUCUGCAACAUGUGUAUUACCCAAGUUUUACAAAUAGGAGAGCUGAGGCACAGCAAGGUUAAGUAAUUGGCUUAAAAGAGCAGACCCAAGUUUCAGACCUAGUUCUAGUCUGAUUCAAAAACCUGAGCCCCUCAUCAUGAUGCUCUGCUGCCUCACAGAAAAGUGUAUUUUAUGAAUCAGCACUGCAUCCACAUAACAAAUCAGUCAUUAGAAGAAAAACAGAAUGCCGAUAUCUGAAGAUUAUUCAUGCAGAGUUGAAAACACCUACCCAUGUUUUCAUUUUAAUCAAGGCCAUACCUGUACCGUUUUGUGGAACCAAAUCCUUAGAAGGUUAGGAGACCUUCAGAAUAGACUGGAAGUCUGUAGGCUUACUUUCUUACAGAUAAAUUGUAGUUAAUAUGUAAAUCUAGCUCAAGGUUGGGCCGAUUUACAGGAUGGCUUUAAUUUAGCCCCUCUUCUUGGUUUCAUUCAGAGGUAUAGAAACCUUAGAUCAUCUGAAGGUGUUAUUUUGAUCAGAAAGGAGUUAUCUCAUUGGGAGAAAAGGGAAUGUGAAUGGAGUUGAAGUCGGGUGAAUGUGAAGAGAAUAGCACUGCCUCUCGGAUUCCAGGCCUCUUGGAUUAUUGUACUGAGACCAUCGGGUGACUGAAAGGAAAGCAAGUGUGAAAGCAGGUUCUGAAAAAGGGAAGUGACUUGACCAAGAGGCACCCUGCACAGGAACACACAUUGCCAGUUUUAGCUCCAGAUGGUAAGAAUAGCUCUGUGUGUUCAGACCCUCUUGUUUUGGAAUCAUCUGCAGAACACUUUUGUUUCUGCUUGGUGGGUUUGCUGACUGAAAAAACCUUGCAAACAUUUGUAUUAACAGUGUUCCACAUGCCUAAGCAAAUCAACUUUAUACUACUAACUUUAAAAUUGUCUUGGUAAAUUUGCUUUGAAAUUAAUGUGAACAGCUUCAUUAAUAUUACACAUUAUACUCCUGUAUUGUCAUUAAACUGUUAUUGUUUUCUCUAACCUUUUUAACAGCCUCAGUGGAAGUGGAAAUAAGGGUGUGAAUCAUUGUACCUAUCUUGGCCCAAAAAGCAGGGAAGAAAGGUGUGAUUCUUUUUUCUUUUGGUCUUGACGAACUCUAACUUGAUUCCCAGAUUUCCCUCUGACAUUCAUACUGUAUCCUCAAACCAGUCUUCCUUUCACUCAACAUUACUAUGACGAGUGUAUAACUGGUACUUGUCUUUCAGAUGUGUAUUAUGUAAAUAGGCUUUGACAGGGGGCAAAUUUAAACUGUUGUAAAGAUAGACCGUUCAUUUCUAAAACUGCCUUUUGUGGUAGAAUUGAAUUGCUGAUUGUGUGAAGUAGUUUUUAAAAUGAGGGGAAAACAAAAUGAGAACUUAUGAAUACUUGCACAGUAAAAAUAUGGAAGAGGAAUAUGAUCAUUGUGUUUUUUUCCUCUGAAAUAGUCAAUAGCUUUUUAUUGCAAUGAUAAUUAGCCAAAGAAAUUCCCACACGUAGAUAAAAAUGAGUUGUAGUGAGAUGUAAAUAGUGAGAUGUAGACUGAAGAUUGGAAAUAUACUGUGAGUUCAAAUGAUACAGGUACAGAGUGUUCUUUUAUUAUGUAAUUUGGGAAGAGUUUCGGAACUCCAAAAUUGAAUAAACACAUUGAGGGACUGUGUGUUUUGUUAGUUCUUAUGUCAGAAAGCGUUCUCUUGAUGUGGAUGCAUUUCUAAGAUAAGUGGUUAGUUUGUUCUUGUUUCAUUUUCAAUAUUUGUCUUUGAGCACUUGACAAAUUGAGAGAAGAGGAUGUCCUAACUCUAGGAGACCGUUGGCAUCUGCUUGAGGCUUUUUCUUUUGGUCUUUCCACUGUACCUAGGAAAUAUAUGAUGAGAAGAAGGUAUCCUGGGUCAUGAAACUUAAUCCACAACAAGCUCCAUUAUAUGGCGAUUGCGUUGUUACAGUAUUGCUUGCUGAAGAGGACAAAGUUGAAGAUGAUGUAGUUUUUUACUUGGUAUUUUCGGGUUCUACCCUCCAUCACUGUACAAGCACUCGGAAGAUCAGUUCUGAUACAUUGGAGACGAUUGCUCCUGGUCAUGACUGCUGUGAGACAGUGAAGGUGCUGCUCUGUGCUUCCAAAGAGGGGCUUCCUGUGUUUGUGGUGGCUGAAGAAGACUUUCAUUUCAUCCAAGAUGAGGCAUAUGAUGCAGCCCAGUUCCUGGCAACCAGCGCUGGAAACCAGCAGGCUCUGAACUUCACUCGUUUUCUUGACCGGUCAGGACCUCCAUCUGGGGACGUGAAUUCCCUCGAUGAGAAGGUAGCACUAGCAUUCAGACACCUGAAGCUGCCAGCAGAGUGGAAUGUGUUGGGGACAGAUCAGACUUUGCAUGAUGGUGGCCCACGAGAGACUUUGAUGCAUUUUGCUGUACGGUUGGGUCUGCUAAGGUUGACAUGGUUCCUGUUGCAGAAGCCAGGUGGCCGUGGAGCUCUUAGCAUCCACAACCAGGAAGGGGCAACGCCUGUGAGCUUGGCUUUGGAGCGGGGUUACCACAAGCUGCACCAGCUUCUUACUGAGGAGAAUGCUGGAGAACCAGACUCCUGGAGCAGUUUGUCCUAUGAAAUACCCUAUGGAGACUGUUCUGUAAGACAUCAUCGAGAGCUGGACAUCUAUACGUUAACCUCUGCGUCUGAAUCACAUCACGAACCCCCAUUUCCUGGAGACAGUUGCACUGGACAUAUUUUUAAGCUUAGGAACAUCCAGCAGCAGCUGAUGAAAACAAACCUCAAGCAGAUGGACAAUCUUAUGCCCUUAAUGGUUACAGCACAGGAUCCUUCAAGUCUCCCCAGCACCCCAGGCAUAGAUGGCCAGUCUCUUCCCUGCGCGUCAGAGCCCAUGGACAGCCUGCAGCCUUCUCCUCCUCCUCCUAAAUAUACAGGUAGCACUCCAUGCUGCCAAGGGAGCUCUGCCAAGGGGCAGAUUGAAAGUUCCUGUGAUCUGUCAAGUGUAGUUAAGGAAGAGAACACAGUCUGUUCCUGUCAGGAAGAAGAUAAAGGCGUGGAGAGAAAUGGGGAAGAGGUGGAGCCCACCCCCGUUGUGGACUCUGGAACUGUGUCUGAUCAAGACAGCUGCCCUCAGAGCAUGCCUGACUGUGGAAAAAAGGGCACGGAAGGCUUUGUCUCCUGUGGAAACAGAAAUGAAGAAACUGGAACAAAAUCUUGUGGAAUGACUGCAGACCAGGAGUCUCUGAGUAGUGGAGACAACGUCCUGCAGGAAGACCUGGCCGCAGAGCCAGGCACAGCCCAGCAUUUCUCUGGAGGUGAACUGACUGUCAGUUCAACAACAGAUGUCAGUGUCCCAGAGACUGUAGGGGAAACGGAACAUGGUCUCAUGAACCCAGAUUCCACCUUCCAGAAGAAUGUGCUUGAAGUAGGAGAGAGUACAAAGGAAAGAAUUGAGAACUUUCAUCUCAGCACAGCUGGAGCCUCUGACAUAAAAGCCACAAGUAAGCCUGUGGAUAAAGCCAGUGUUCCAAACUGUGUCUCUGCCACCAGUUCCCUGGAUGAUCAUAAACCUGCUGAGUCUUUACUUGCAUUUAGCAAUGGAGAAAAUUCCACUGAAAAAACUACAGAAACGGAAACUUCAAGGAGAAGUUAUGAAGAGAGUGCUGAUGUGCCAGUAGGUCAGAACUCUCUGGUAAUUCCAGCUGCCUCAAAAGACAAGAUAUUAGAUGGGUCAAAACCUGACACUCCCUCAGCAAGCAUAUGUGAGGCAGUGUCAGCCUCUGAUUUAACUUUUCCCGGGCCAGAAAAAGAUCUAAUACCAAACCAGAAAUCAGAAACUAACUCAUCUCAUGUUGAAAGUCAGAGCAGCAGGUCACCCAUCUAUCCUAUAACUGGAGAUGAUAAACUUUGUGCUGACUCUGCAUGUCAACAACAGAACACAGUGACUUCUAGUGGCAAGUUGAUGGCAAAACAUUGUGAUGACAUAGUUGCCCAGCCUGAAGACAGCAUAACGGGGCAGCCCAUCACACAACAUCCACCCUCUGCGGUCCUCUGUGAAGACCCACAGAUUAACGCAAUCAUCUCUGACCCUGUACGAGAUACCCAGGAGCAUGCGGAUCUUUGUCCUCCCGAAGUUACAGAUAAAGAGGGCCAAGGAGAAGAUUUGAAUCUAGAUAUACCUUUAACUAACAUGUGUGAGGUGGCUUUGGAUCCACAUCCAGUUGUCCCCAAAGCUGAGAAAGAAGUGGUGCAAGACCAGGCAGUGACAUCAGACAGCACUUUUUCUCCAGCAAGCAGGCCAGGCAGUGAAUCAGUAACCAAAGAUGAUGCACUUUCUCCUGUCCCCUCCCAGAAAGAAAAAGGAACAGCAACUCCUGAACUACAUCAGGCUACAGAUUGUAGAGAUGACCCAGGUGGAGAUUCGAGUGAUCCCAAUAAGCAGCCACUAGAAGACAGUACAGCCAGCCUCGACACUUCCUUUUCUGCUACAGAUCUCCAGCCCCGCAUGGGGAAUACCAGUUCUCUGGGACUUGGUGGGCAGCAUGAAGAGCCCUGCCCCUCAGCAGCCUCAGAAGUUCUGAGUAUCGAGGGUUUGGACACUGAGUCUUCCCUGCUAAGUGUGAGUAAGGCCUCUUUGGCCACUGAUUCAGUUUUGACUGGAGAAGGAAAACAGCUGGUGGUUCCAGAAAGCUCUGCAGCUCAGGGACAAGAUGACAAAGAUAAAGCAGUGAUUUGCCACUUCAUCGAGGAAGACAGUCUUUCUUCAGGAGUGUUACAGGAAGAGCAGAGAACACCACCUCCUGGAAAGGAAGCACUGGGAUUUUGUGAAGAACCUAGUUCAGCUGCCUGUGCUGAAGGCAACACACUUCAGCACAGUAAUUCACUGGACACAUCCUCUGCCUUUCUUAAUGUAGAAACUGAAAAUAACAAGAAAGUCGCCCCACAAGGCUCAUUGCUGACUGAAGGUGGGGCUGCACAGAGCUUGGUGCCACCAGGAGCAAGUCUGACUGUAGCUUCCAGGCAGGAAGCCUUGGGCCCAGAGCAGAGCAACCCACCUCUGUUGCUAGGUCUGGUGCCAGAUUCAUCUGAGGCUCUUAAUUAUAGUCAGUCUUUUGUUCAGGAUGCUGGAGUGAAGGACGCUCAAACCCAGGGAGAAACUGCUGCUUGUGAGGUGAAUGAAAAUGUGACAUUGGAUGUUGCCAUGGUUAGCACUCAACAAGAUACUGUUGGGGCCAGAAGAAAGGAUAUAUCACACAACACCCAAGACAUCCCUGCUUCAAAAGUCUUGUUGAGCCCGGAGAAGAAUAUGAUCCUGGGUUUGCCAGAAGCUUUACCAGACAAAAGUAUGACUGACCUACAGGUAGCUGUAACCCCAGAGGUGCUACCACUUGACUGGGAGAAAGGGAAGCUAGAGGGAGCAGGCCAUAGCUGUACUCUGGGCAACUCCAAGGAGGCACAGAUGGAUGAUGAAGCAAAUCAAGUCCCACUGCAGCCUGUUGCCAAGGAGCUCACUGCAGACAGAGGGCUGUCAACCACUGAAAACAGGGCCCCACCUGGCAUGAAGGAGGUCAGGCAAGCUGCAGCCCCGCGCAAGGAAAGAAGUGUUCCCACUCUGUCCAGCACUGUGUCCGCCAAAGCUGUGACUCUGCCUGAGGGAGCAGACUUGAUAGAGGAGGCUGCAAGUCAAAUAGUGGCUGUUGUCAUAGAACGAGUCAAGGCCUCAGGAGCACUGAUUACUGACAGGGAAAUCAGUCACAUUCUACCGCCCAGCCCUUCUGAGUCAGGCCCUGUGACUGAACAGCUAGAGAAUGUUUCUCCUGAGAAGGUGAAUGCUUUCCUGCCAGGGCAGACCCCACAGGUGGUCAGUAUUCAUGGAGAAGCCACUGUGAACGUUGCAGGAUGUUGUGCUGGAAAGGAGGAGCCAGAGAAAAGUAUCCUGCCUGUCCAAGGACCUGAGCCGGCAACAGAAAUGCCAGACACGAAAGCUGAAGAUGAAGUGGACUUUCUGAGUAAUUCCAAGAAGAGUUCAGUUUCUGAAGAGCUGACUGUAGGGCACAUAACUACACCUAUGAUGAAACAAAACCCGAAGACCCAAGUGAUAAACCAAGAAAGCUGGUGUACCAUAGAACCAUGCCCUGAAGCAGCAUCUCUUUUGUCUCCCAAGCAGAGCCCAGAAUGUGAUGAAAACUUCUUAGAUGUUGGACUGGGCAGAGAGUGUACCUCAUCACAAAGUGGACUUAAAAGACAAUCUGGGAGUGAUUCUGACCUCUUUCACUCGCCCAGCGAUGAAAUGGAUAGGAUCGUCUUCUCAAAGCCCGAGGAAGAGCAGUUGGUCUGUGAUACUACUGGAUCCAGUUCUUCCACUGAUGACACGGCUUCCCUGGAUCGACAUUCUUCUCAUGGCAGUGAUGUGUCCCUCCCCCAGAUUUCAAAUUUGAACAAGUCCAAGGAUCCGCAAAGCCUUGAUGGCUUCUACAGCCAUGGGAUGGGAGCCGAGAGACUAGAGAGUGAGAGUGAGCCUACUGGCUCAGGUGAAAUGGAAGAGGAGGAGAUGGACAGCAUCACUGAGGUGCCUGCAAAUUGCUCUGUUCUGAGGGGCUCUAUGCGCUCUCUGUCCCCUUUCCGGAGGCACAGCUGGGGUCCUGGGAAGAAUGCAGCCAGUGAUGCAGAAAUGAACCAACGGAGUUCAAUGCGAGUUCUUGGGGAUGUUGUCAGGAGACCUCCCAUUCAUAGGAGAAGUAUGAGCUGGUGUCCUUCUGGUGUGCAAUACUCUGCUGCCCUGAGUGCUGACUUUACCUGCAGAAGUUUCAGUCUUGAAGGCUUGACAGGAGGAGCUGAUGUCAGAAACAAGCCAUCCUCAUCUCUAGAAGCAAACUCUGCAAAUACCAAAGAGCUCAGGCAUCCCUUCAGUGUUGAGGCGCGGGGUGACUCUUUGGUGUCACUUUCAGAAGAGGAUCUGGAGUCAGGCCAGAGAGAACGUAGGAUGUUUGACCAGCAGACAAGCCACAGAUCUAAACAACAGGGAUUUAAUUACUGUACCUCAGCCAUUUCUUCUCCAUUGACAAAAUCCAUCUCAUUAAUGACAAUCAGCCAUCCUGGACUGGACAAUACACGACUCUUCCACAACACCAGCGCUAAUCUGGCUGAAAGUAUAACAGAAGAGAACUAUGAUUUCCUGCCACAAAGCCCUUCCAAGAAAGACUUUGAAGGAAAGAGUGGAACAAAAGUCAGUCGCACAUUCAGCUACAUCAAAAAUAAAAUGUCCAGCAGUAAGAAGAGCAAAGAAAAGGAAAAAGAGAAAGACAAAAUUAAGGAGAAGGAGAAAGAUUCUAAAGAGAAGGAGAAGGACAAGAAGACUCUCAAUGGCCACACCUUUGGUUCCAUUCCUAUUGUGGGUCCCAUCAGCUGUAGCCAGUGUAUGAAGCCUUUCACCAACAAAGAUGCCUACACUUGUGCAAAUUGCGGCGCUUUUGUCCACAAAGGCUGUAGAGAAAGUCUGGCUUCCUGUGCAAAGGUCAAAAUGAAGCAGCCCAAAGGGAGCCUUCAGGCACAUGACACGUCAUCUCUCCCCACAGUCAUUAUGAGAAACAAGCCUUCACAGCCCAAGGAGCGCCCUCGGUCAGCAGUCCUCCUGGCUGAUGAAAACACUGCCGCCCCAAUGUUUGCUAACAGACGGUCCCAGCAAAGUGUCUUGCUUUCCAAAAGUGUCUCCAUACAGAACAUUGCUGGAGUUGGCAAUGAUGAGAGCAUGUCAAACACGUGGAAAUUCCUGUCACAUUCAACAGACUCACUAAAUAAAAUUAGUAAGGUCAACGAGUCAACAGAGUCACUGACUGAUGAGGGAGUAGGUACAGACAUGAAUGAAGGACAACUAAUGGGAGACUUCGAGAUUGACUCCAAACAGCUAGAAGCAGAGUCCUGGAGUCGAAUAGUGGACAGCAAGUUCCUGAAACAGCAAAAGAAAGAUGUGAUCAAACGGCAAGAAGUGAUUUAUGAGUUGAUGCAAACGGAGUUACAUCACAUCCGCACGCUCAAGAUCAUGAGCGAUGUGUAUAGCCGGGGGAUGAUGACGGAUCUGCUCUUCGAGCAGCAGAUGGUGGAAAAGCUGUUCCCCUGUUUGGAUGAGCUGAUCAGUAUCCAUAGCCAGUUCUUCCAGAGGAUCCUGGAGCGGAAGAAGGAGUCUCUGGUGGAAAAAAGCGAAAAGAACUUUCUCAUCAGGAGAAUAGGCGACGUGCUUGUCAAUCAGUUUUCAGGUGAGAAUGCAGAUCGCUUAAAGAAGACAUACGGCAAGUUUUGUGAGCAGCACAACCAGUCUGUAAACUACUUCAAAGACCUCUAUACCAAGGAUAAGCGUUUUCAGGCCUUCGUAAAGAAGAAGAUGAGCAGCUCAGUAGUAAGAAGGCUUGGAAUCCCAGAGUGCAUAUUGCUUGUAACCCAGCGCAUCACCAAGUACCCAGUUUUAUUCCAAAGAAUGUUGCAGUGUACCAAAGACAAUGAUGUGGAGCAGGAAGAUUUAGCUCAGUCCUUGAGCCUGGUGAAGGAUGUGAUUGGAGCUGUAGACAGCAGAGUGGCAAGUUAUGAAAAGAAAGUGCGUCUCAGUGAAAUUUAUACAAAGACAGAUAGCAAGUCGAUUAUGAGGAUGAAGAGUGGUCAGAUGUUUGCCAAGGAGGAUUUGAAACGGAAGACGCUUGUGCGGGACGGGAGUGUAUUUCUGAAGAACGCAGCAGGAAGGUUGAAAGAGGUUCAAGCAGUUCUGCUCACUGACAUUUUAGUUUUCCUUCAAGAAAAAGACCAGAAGUACGUCUUUGCAUCAUUGGACCAGAAAUCAACAGUGAUCUCUUUAAAGAAGCUGAUUGUAAGAGAAGUGGCGCACGAGGAGAAAGGCUUAUUCCUGAUCAGUAUGGGGAUGAAAGAUCCCGAGAUGGUAGAAGUCCACGCCAGCUCCAAGGAGGAACGGAACAGCUGGAUUCACAUCAUCCAGGAUACGAUAAACACCCUGAACAGAGAUGAAGAUGAAGGAAUCCCUAGUGAGAACGAGGAAGAGAAGAAAAUGUUGGACACCAAAGCCCGGGAAUUAAAAGAACAACUUCAACAAAAGGACCAACAGAUCCUACACUUACUGGAAGAGAAGGAGAUGAUUUUCCGGGAUAUGACAGAGUGCAGCACUCCAUUGCCAGAGGAUUGCUCCCCAACUCACAGCUCUAGAAUCCUCUUCCGGUCCAACACAGAAGAGGCUCUCAAAGGAGGACCUUUAAUGAAAAGUGCAAUAAAUGAGGUGGAGAUCCUUCAGGGUUUGGUGAGCGGAAGCCUGGGAGGCACACUGGGGCCAGCUGUCAGCAGCCUGAUUGAGCAAGAAGGCAUGGUCGGCCCUGUUUCCUUGCCCCGGAGAGCAGAGACCUUUGGAGGCUUUGACAGCCAUCAGAUGAAUGCUUCAAAAGGAGGUGAGAAGGAAGAAGGAGAUGAUGGCCAAGAUCUUAGGAGGACAGAAUCGGAUAGUGGUCUGAAGAAGGGUGGUAACGCUAACCUGGGCUUUAUGCUUAAAAGAAACAGUGAGGUCAUCCAGAGCAUUGUUCACCUCCACGAACUUCUUAGCACUUUGCAGGGUGUGGUGUUACAGCAGGACAGCUACAUUGAGGACCAGAAGCUGAUGCUGAGUGAGCGGGCGCUCACGCGGAGCUCCUCCCGCCCCAGCUCCCUCAUCGAGCAGGAGAAGCAGCGCAGCCUGGAGAAGCAGCGGCAGGACCUGGCCAACCUGCAGAAGCAGCAGGCCCAGCACCUGGAGGAGAAGCGCAGGCGGGAGCGGGAGUGGGAAGCCCGAGAGAGGGAGCUGCUGGAGCGCGAGGCCCGGCUGGCCCAGUGGGAGGAGAAGGUGCAGCGUGGGCAGCAGGACUUAGAGAGGGACCGCGAGGAGCUCCAGCAGAAGAAGGGCACAUACCAGUACGACCUGGAGAGGCUGCGUGCAGCCCAGAAACAGCUCGAGAGAGAGCAGGAGCAGCUGAAAAGAGACACGGAGCAGCUCAGCCAAAGGCGGAUAGAAGGGGACGUAUGUCAGGUCUCACAUCAGCAUACCAAGACGAUGAGGAUCCCAUCCUUCUGUCCCAAUCCUGAGGAGUCCCCUCUACCUUCUGCACCUUCAGUAGUCAAAUCAGUGUCACUGGACUCAGAACUUUCAAUGUCCCCAAAAAGGAACAGCAUCUCUCGGACACACAGAGAUAGAACUUUUCACAUACUGAGUUCAGCCAGCCAGACAAGCAGAGUACCCGAGGGGUCGAGCCAGACCCCAGUGUCCACCUCCACGUCCGCCCGCCUGUUCGGGUUAGCGAAGCCAAAGGAAAAGAAGGAGAAAAAGAAGAAGAGCAAAGGAGGCCGCCCUCAGCCCGGCGGUGAGUACACACACCCGCCCGCCCCGGGUUCUGAAGAGUGGGGUCUGCGGUUUCAAAAGGGUAUAUUUUAGGUGAGUGAAGGCUGAAUUGUCAUACUUCUCAGCAGAUCCACUUGCUCUGUUGGAUUUAACACGAACUUUAAUUCAGCAAACACUGCGCAAAGCAGAUUUCACUGUUGAGGCAUUUACUGUCCGCUUGAGGAACUGAAACUCACCUAGAUGAAGCAAAGCCCUCCCUGUCUUUCUAGGCCUAGUCCAAUAAUUGGUAAUAAUAGCCAGCAUUUAGUGAGGAUGUCCCAGAUCUGACUUGAUCAUCAAAAUGGCUGAUGGGCUCGGUGAUCUGACCCCAGGAGAAAUGAGAUGGAAGCUCCAAGAGAUUCAAUAACGUUUUAAAGGCCACAGUGCCCCAGAUGAAAUCGCACCACAUGGGCGCCCAGUUUAUGUGCCACUUUUUCUCUGAAUCCUUCUCUGUUCUUUCUGGUUGGGAUUGAUCUCUCCUUUAUGUGUGGGAGGCUUAAGAGAAAUUAAUAUUUUCUAGUCCUGUUUAGAAGUAUAGAGACUUGGUUGCACAAUGGUUAAGCAUUCGGCUGCUAACUGAAAGGUCAGCGGUUUGAACCCACCAGCUGCUUCUCAGGACAAAAGACCUGGCGAACUGCUCCCAUAAAGAUCACAGCCUCAGAAACCCUGUGGGGUAGUUCUCCUCUGUCAGUUGGGGUCACUGUGAGUCAGAAUCACCUCUACAGCACACAACAGCCUUUAGAAAUAUAAGUUCUAGUGUAUAAGUGAGGUAAAGAGAGAAUAGGUAGUGAAGGAUAUCACCCAGGACCUCAGUUACUCAGUCAGUUAGGACACCCAGUGAGCUGUUUCAGAGAGUUCAUUGCUGUCACAUGGGGUCGCUAGGAGUCGACAGCACCUGACAACAGUAACGUGCCUAAAAGAGUAUAUCACAUUUCAGAGCGUUCAUUGCCCACACACCCCGGCCAUCUGCCUGCAUCACAGAAGAUUUGACUUGGGCGAGACGGUGGGGAGCUUAAAUGAACAACUUUUAGCAUAACAUUCCUCGUUAUCUAGAGUUUUGGAAUCUACUGCCUGCUGGCCAGGUUUUUAAAAUGAAAAGUAUUUUAAUGCUGCCAUAAAAGGAAAAAAAAAAAAAAAAAAGGAAGCGAAAUCAAAGGUAUCCUUCCGUGUACUUAUCUAAUUUAAUUUGUCAAAAGAUUGACAGGCCAUGAAUUAUUUCUCCAUCUCGCUAAGGUUUAAAGACGGGCAAACCCCACUGGCUAAGAGCUCUCCUGCCAAGUGCAUUGCAGCCUGUUCUAGAAAUCCAAGCUGAAACCCAGCCUGUGCUGUGGGCUCCUGACCACCAAACUUACCAGGAACCAGAGGGCACCUGCCACUCCCUCACUUAUGCGGAAAGCACAGCACUGCCUUCACUCCGAUUUUCACCCAGCUUAACCUUCCCUGUACCUUUUGUGACCAUCCGUCAGGGAUGGACAGUGCAAAAGCAACCGACCAGGGACACACGUGUUCAGUGAGUUUGCCUGUAGUUGAAGUUUAGCCUUGUGGUUUCCUGUGUUUUGUGUAACCCAUGUAGGGGGCACUCAGUGUAAGACGCUAGGACGUGCAGGAGGGUGAUUGUACACCUCAUACCUCUGCUUUCAUGUUUUGUUUUCAAAUGCUAUAUGAACAUUUCUGUGCUAAAUUCUAUUAAAGAAAGAGAUGGGUUAAAACCCACAUGCUGUAUAUUAAUUUGUAAUUAUGUACAAAGUGAAGCAGUUUUAAACUGUAAAGAUUUUUUUCAGUGUGUUUUCUGGAAUUUUGCCAUAACAUACUGGCUUUGUAUUUUAUUUAUCUUCCUUUCUAGUUAUCAGCUUCAAACUCUUGUAAAGU